AUGGCUGCUCAACAACUUCCUCUUGCCAAUUUGACAGAGCAAAGCCGAAAUUUUACUACAAUAGCCACAUUAAUAAAGAAGCACCCUGCAAAAAAAUCUCGCGAAGGCACGACAAAUUUACAACAACUUAUUUUUGAAGACGCACAGGGAACACAAAUGAAGGUUGUGAUCUUUGAACGAGAUAUUGAGUUGUUCAAUAAUCUUCUUAUUGAAGACAGAGAAUACAAAAUUACCAACUGUAUCAUAACUCGCAUACCUGACAUGUAUGUUAGAGACAAUCAGCUAUAUCAGAUGACGAUCAAUUCUGCAACAAGAAUUUCUGAUACACGACAAAGACCUGAACCAAGCUCAUUGCUUGUUCUACUUAAUCGGGCUCUGGAUUUCGUCGGCACAUCUAAUCGAAUAGAUAUUAUUGGGAUUGCUAUUCACAUAUACGAUGUAGAAACUAUUCGCUCCAAGACUUCCGGACUGCCUAAUGAAGUGCGUAGGAUUAAGAUCAUAGAUUCCAACAUGAAACCUGUUACGCUAUCAGCAUGGACUACUUUGGUUCACAACGAAGCUGCCAAUGUUGAUGAUAUUAUAGAUACGAUGCCUGUUAUAGAAGUUUCUCGCGUCAAAGCAUCAACUUUUGACGAGGGUUCAUUCAACACGACCUUUGCUUCCUCACUGAAAAUUAACCCAACUACUCUAGAAGCACAACUUCUCCGAGAUUGGACGGUGAACAACAAGGACCAAAUUCGAAUCCUUCAAAAUUCACUCGUUACAAGAACAACAGAAUGUUCUCAACAGCCUGAAUUAAUAAUUCCAAUUUCACAAUUACCUGAGCAAGAGUCUGGAAAAACAGUACGGAUCAUCGGACGAGUCACUGACAUUACAAACAAAAACAGUAUUGUAUACAAUGCAUGUAAUGUCUGCAGCAAACGAUGUGAAACUGAAAGAGGGUUAGUGUUCAAUUGUCGUGCUUUUAGCUCUCCGCACGUAGGAACAUCCAAACCACGAACUGUGCUGCAUAUUACUUUUGCUGACGACAGUGGUGAUAUACCAAUCACACUUUUUGGUCAUCUUGCUGAACAACUGAUAAAUGAUGAUGCUAAUCAUAUGGCUACGCUCACACUACAAGAACAAAGAUCUCUUGUAGACAGUUGUAUAACAGCUUUUAAGGACAGGGAGCUUACCAUAGAGAUGACGACGUACAUGUUGGGAGAAGGAUUUCAGCAGCUCCGCUGGAAAGCUAAGCGCAUCAUUGAAGCUUAG